UAUAAAUCCAGCCAAGUGAACCACCACCCAAAUUGAUUAGUCCGGUUGUUCGUUGCGGUCGGAAGGCUAAGCGGUAAUUGUGUUUUAAAGUAUACAUACAUUGCAAUUGGUUUUCGAAUUUUGUAAAAGUACUCACAUUUUACAGAAAAAAAAUGGCUUCUGGAGUUACUGUUUCGGAUGUAUGCAAAACAACAUACGAGGAAAUUAAAAAGGAUAAAAAACACCGCUAUGUCAUCUUCUACAUUCGUGACGAAAAGCAAAUUGAUGUGGAAACUGUUGGAGACCGCAACAGUGAAUACGACCAGUUUCUAGAUGAUAUCCAGAAGUGCGGUCCUGGAGAAUGCCGAUAUGGUCUUUUCGAUUUUGAAUACAUGCACCAAUGUCAAGGAACGUCAGAGAGCUCAAAGAAGCAAAAGUUGUUCCUCAUGUCAUGGUGUCCCGAUACUGCUAAGGUUAAGAAGAAGAUGUUGUAUUCCAGUUCUUUUGAUGCUCUCAAGAAAUCGUUGGUCGGAGUCCAGAAGUAUAUACAAGCUACUGAUUUGUCAGAAGCAUCUCGCGAAGCCGUUGAGGAAAAACUGCGAGCUACUGAUCGUCAAUAGACUACAAGAUCGAAAGUCUGUGCAAUGCAUUUAACAUAAAAAACGUGCAUGAAUCAGCGAUUACAUAUGUAUCCGGUCAAGAUCGCCAAUUUGUAUGAAAAUUUUCUACAUAAUUUGUAUUUUCAGUAUAAAUAAAGAAAAUUAAUUUAAAAGCCA